ACAACAUAAAUACAUAUGUACAAUAAACAGAAACAAUUAAAAUUUAGCAGAGGACAGCUGUACCAGUGUCUCCACAGCUGAGAAUAAUACAGUGUAGAGCUCAACUGUGGGUUUACUACGGCCAUGAUAAUCUUAUUCUUAGAUUAAUUUAAAAGAUAUAGAAAUUAAAUACACGAGGUUUCUAAGCACAGCCUGUAGAAUGCUGGUUCCAGUUGUCGCAAACAUUUCACUUAGACUGCCCCAUCUCCGUCAUUUCAGAAGUACUCUCAAUGCAUCGUUGUCGACAACCUGAAGUCUUUUCAGACUUGUCAUUUAAAAGUCAAAAGAAGAAUGUGAGAAAGAAAUCUUCAGUUUUCUGGAGGCGCUUAUGUAACAUGAGAUGGUUCAGGUUAAAUCCUGCUAAAAUGCACCCUCUGCUGGUCAAAAGUUGAACUGCAACCAUCUUCAGAGAGCAAGGUGAGUAAUUGUCACACUAAGCUGCUAGAGAUAUGCCACAAAAGACUUGCUGGUUCAAAAGUAUUUAGUGAAGGGGGCUGAAAACCUACAAUGCACACACUUUUUAGAUAUUUAUUGAUAAAAAAAACAAUUUGCCUUCUACUUCACAAUUAAACUCAAUCGACUUUGUGUUGGUCUAUCAAAUAACAUCCCAACUGAAGACAGUGAAGUCUGUGGUUGCAACGUCACAAAGUGUGAGAAACGUCAAGAACUAUGAACACUUUUGCAAUGCACUGUAGUUCUGAGAGCUUCUUUCUGAAUAGACGAUCUCUGACAGCAUCCUGACGUGGUAGUGACGUGAAGUGUACCCUGGUCCUAAAAUAUUGUGUAAGGUUCACCUGUUCAACAGAUGAACGCGUUAAUACAUUUUAAAAUCACUUAUUUAGAGUUAGACGGGGUUAAGUAGUCAGCUAUGAUAUGUCACGUCCAUUUUCGCCACUAUAUUUACGUCGCACAAUUUGACGUUGGCGCUGUGUCGAAUCAUAGCUGAGCGCCAAAUUCGAAAUGCCCGCAGAUCGUAAGGUUUGGUGGUGCUCAGAUGAAGCGAAACAAACUCAAACGCAACAAAACCACCCUGAGCAAAGAGGGACCUCAUCAUGUGCAAACUGCAGUCAUCGUGGUAUCAGACAGGCAGGAAAACCCGUCCGCAGCUGACAGCGAGGAGAAGAAAAGCUCACUCUGCAGAGGAUUUAAAAUAGCUCCGAUUUUCUCACCUUCGACUCAGCACAGGAAGCAUGAAGGAAGAUCUGAUGCAGAGUCUGACCGGCCUGAACACAAAUCAAUGCCUCCUUCGCAGAGUGGUGACGUGAAGAGUCCACGCACUGGAUCCCAUCUGACAGGCAAGCGUGGAGCUGUGGUGUCCUCCUGGAGGUUAUCUUCAAAUCUGGAAAGCUGUCUGGAAGAAAUCCAAAAGUCAAACCCAGCGUUUCCAGUUCCAACAGUUUUUAGCACUUUGCUGAAGAAAGCAAGCGAGGUGCAGCAGGAGUCAGGGCCUGCAGGGCAUUGCUUCAAUCCAGAGUCUUCGCAAACGCACUUAAAGGAGAAAAGUAGAAGAGGACUUGUCUCUGAGAGGCUACCAAAGCGACCGAAGUCUGACCUCGCUGCAGAGGCUGUGGUGGGACACUGUCUCCAGUCAGGACAGGAUGAAAAGAAGCAGCCUAGAAGAACCAAGCUGAGUUGCUCUCAGCAGAGCUGGAGCCCAGUAGGCCUGGGGAACAGCUGUCCUACAAACCUUGGAUGGAUGAACCAUAACACGCCAGACACCGAGCUAAUAAAGGCCUCAGACCAGGUUCAGGGAGAUUCCUCUAUCGAAGAUGUUCUCUGGACCGACAAAUAUGUUCCACGACAUUCAAGUGAAGUCAUCGGUAAUUUUGCCUCGGUGAAUAAACUGCACAGUUGGUUGAAGAAAUGGAAGCUAAGAGCUGACGGUGACCAGCGGAGGCAAGUGGAGGAAAGGAAACGAGAAGACAACAAUUUAUGGGACUGUGGAGACUUCCAGGGUGAGGCUGGAUUGGAGGAUAGAGGAAAGGAGCCGCUGGGUAAAGCCAUGCUGCUCACAGGACCCUCCGGUGUGGGCAAGACGGCUGCUGUGUACGCCUGCGCUCAGGAGCUCGGCUUCAAGGUAUUUGAGGUGAACUGCUCCUCCCAGCGCAGCGGCCGGCAGGUUCUGUCUCAGCUGAAGGAGGUGACGCAGUCUCACCUCGUUGACUCUCCGGGGGAAGAUCCACUGAAGCCUGCAUACUUUAACAACUACAGUGCUAACAGCUUUACUGCUAAAUCUGUGGCCUUACCAGGAAAAAUGCAACUUGCUAAAAAUAUGGCCUCAAAGUCAAAAACACGUGCAGCUCGAAACCUAAGCUCGUCUGGUCGUAAAUUCAAAGCUAAGCCAGCCUCUGUCACUUUGGCUCACUACUUUAAGAUGAAGGGAAAAGCAGAUCGCUUAGACAUUUCCUACAGAUCAACAACUGGAAAACCAGAGACAGAGGAAGUGGAAAACUCUUCUGCAGGAUGUGAUCAAACGGUGCCAAAGAGCAAAAAGACAGCCACGUCACUCAUUGUGUUUGAGGAGGUUGAUGUCGUAUUUGAGGAUGAAGUUGGCUUCCUGACAGCCAUAAAGGCUUUCAUGGCCACCACGAAGCGACCAGUCGUCCUGACCGCCGGUGAUCCUCUGUUCAAAGAGCGAUUUGACUGCUACCUGGACGAAAUCAUUUUCAAAACUCCAUCAGCAGUGAAUAUCUGUAAUUACCUGCAGCUGGUAUGUCUGGCUGAAGGCUUUCGACUGCCUUCAGAAGACGCCAGCAGCCUCUUCAGACUCACAUGUGGCGACGUUAGACGCUGCCUGCUGCAGCUGCAGCUCUGGGUUAACAGUAGCAGACGAUGGACCUCUCAGGGCGGAAAGGUUCCUGAAGAGCCAAUCAGCUCACAGCACUGGAGCGCAACAAAAGGAGGCAGUUUAGACUCAACAUUUCCUCCUUGGCAAGCAGGCUGCGCUGCACACAUGUUGGGUCUCCAUCCUGUAACCCAGAAUUACCUUCUGAAUUUCUUAAAGCUUGGGUCCUGGUCUGAAACAGACAUGUUAAAGUUUCUGUCCAUGAGCUGGAGAAGAGGUGUGCCUCUUCUCUAUUCCAACCUGGAGCUCCUUCUCUCUACCGGAGCCCCUGAAUCUGAUUCCCAGCUGCAGACUGAGCCAAGACGUCCUGGCGCUGAUCUGCACAUCCUGCGACUGAAUCACACCAUCGGUUCAGAAGUGUCUCAGUCUAGCUUCAAAUCUUCCAGGCUAAGCCGAAGGAGAUGUACCGCUUCGGUGUCUGAUGCCAGAUCAGCUUCAGAUUUACCCAAAAAAACUCAAAGAGCCUCAUCAUUCAAUGAGACUCAGUCAAAAGCUCAGAGCUCAUGUGACAAACCUGAAGAACAUGCAGCCAAAACGGUUGCCAACUCUUUAGAUGGCCUGGCAGAUUUCUUUGACCUUAUGUCAAACAUCGAUGCAAUGCUGCCUCACCACAUUUCAGGCACACACACGGCUGAAGCAUUUGUUUGGACCGGAGCAGCUAUAAAGGAUGGUUUGUUGGAUGAGUCGGCGGAGGAGAACGGCAAGAGUCGGAAUCAGGACGGGCUUCAGGAAAUUAGGGCAGCAGCUGAAGGUUUAGGGUGUCGCCGGUGCUGGAGGAGAGUUACUGAGGCGUGGACUGAAGCCCACAAAUACAAACAGACACUGAAUGUCAAGCAGUGGAACAGACUGCAAGAGAGAUUGCUGCUAACUACCUGCUUUAAAAGACAGAAUCUCAGCUUUACUGCUCAACCUCCAUGUGCACCAAGUGUGUCCCAAAGGAGGUUCCGAUUGAGCCGGAUGGUGCUCAGCAGUAAGACCUUCAGCCUGCUGGGUAACAGACGGGCCGUCUCUGUCGACUACCUGCCCGUUCUCCGCUUCAUCUGUCGCACGCUUGGUGCACGACAGCACAGAGAGCUAGGGAGUGGUUGGAAAUACCUGAGCGGUACACAUCUGGGCCUCUCAAAGUCUGCCGUCCAACUCCUGGCUGAGGAUUUCUCUUUAAUGAAAGUUCAGAAAGACUUGUGAGCUAGACAUGUUUCACCGUAUUUAUUUUACCAGUACACUGUCCGGUGGAUUUAUUGCUUUUGAGUUGACAAAUCAUGUUUUAUUUUCAGAAAAGUGCAAAUGGGAAAUGUAAAUAAAACUAUUUUAGCUGGGAUUUGUUAAAAAA